AACGAAUAAUUUAAUUAUUUAAAAAAUGGAAAGAAAGAAAAAGAAAAAACGCUCAUAGCAUAUUGCUUGCAAGCUUCGAGAUAACGAACUAUAAUAGAAAGGGAAAAAAGCUUCUUCAAGUACACGAAAACUCUGGGCGAGUCUCUGCUUCACCAAGGUUGUUUUAUUGUGUUUAUAAAACAGGUUAUAUAAAGAGAAAAGUCUGAAAUAGUGAGAUAUUAGAUGCUGGAUGGGGAAGGAGUCUAAAAGCCUGGUUUUUGGAGCAAGUUCAAUAGUUUGCUUGCUUGGUUAUGGUCUUGUCUAUGCUGCCUUGUCUUCCUUCCACAAUCCAUUUGAAGCAUGGGAGCACCAGGUGUCGGAAACGAAUGGUAGCGUACACAAUAAAAAGGUUGAUAUAAGCAAUUUUAUCGAAGAAAUGAAAGAGUCUCAGCAUAUUCUUAUGAGAAGAUUAUUGAAUAAAGGAGAAGAUCCAACUCAGUUUGAUAACAAAAGAUUUCUGUGCCAAUCUGACAUUCAUUCGGAUGGAUGUGUCAUAAAUAAGCAAGUCGUAAUUGAAAAAGAUUCAUUAACAAUCUAUGUCCCCUCCGAUGAGCCCCAAACCAAGUACGCCGUCAAACCCUAUGCAAGAAAAGGAGAAGCGACUGCCAUGAACGCCGUCACGCCGGUUCAUAUAAUUCACGGAAAAAACCACUCAACCACCAAUCUUCCUGCAUGCAAUUUCAACCACGACGUCCCGGCCGUCGUCUUCUCCUCCGGCGGCUACACCGGAAGCGGAUUCCACGAGAUCAACGAGGUCAUCAUCCCGCUUUUCACCACGUGCCACCAAUUCGGCAACGAAAUUCAGCUCGUCAUUUCCGACUACAAACCCUCAUGGAUCCAAAAACACAAGAAAUAUCUGGACCACCUGUCUCGCUACCCGCUCAUCGACAUGGCGAAGAGCGGCGGCGUCCACUGCUUUCCGGGAGCCAUCGUCGGUCUCAAAUACCUCGACAAUAUCGGCAUCAAUUCCUCGGAAGUUCCCGGAGGGUAUUCCAUGUCCGACUUCAGGAAGUUUCUCCGAGAAGCUUACGACAUGAAAAUAGACCACGUGGCACAAAUGCCAUUGACAACCAAGCCAAGGCUGCUCCUUCUGUCUCGAAAAGGAACUAGGAGAUUCCUCAACGAAAAGAAAUUGGUAAAAUUGAUGAAGAAAUUAGGAUUUGAAGUUGUGGUGGCGACGCCUGCUGUGACUAGGAAUUUGGCUGAGUUCUCCGAGUUGGUGAACUCUUGCAGUGUUAUGGUUGGAGUCCAUGGAGCUGGGCUUACCAACGAGAUAUUCUUGCCCGAUGGGGCUGUAAUGAUUCAGGUGGUGCCGUUGGGCUUGGAUUGGGCUUCCACCAAUUACUAUGGCGAACCCGGAAUCAAAAUGGGGGUUCAGUAUUUGGAAUAUAAGAUCGAACCGGAAGAGAGCUCGCUUUUGAGUAUGUACGGUCGAGAUCAUCCUUAUAUUACGAAGUCUGAUCCUGGAUCUGUGUGGUCCAUGGGGUAUGUGACUGCUAGGACUGUUUACCUUGAUCAGCAAAGUGUGAAGGUUAAUUUAGUGAGGUUUAGAAAGACUCUGGUUCACGCUUUGAAUCUUAUUGGACGCUCAGCUCCUUCUCUUUCUCCUUCAAAUUGAGGGGAAAACAAAAUAAAUCAAAAUGUAAAUUAGACAGAGUAAAUUAAUUAAUUAAUUAAUUAAUUAUUCCUCUUUACCCUGGUCUUCUAUUUUUUUUGCUUUUUCUGGGGUAACUUCUUUUGUAUUUUUAUUUGUUGAGGAAGAAAUAAAACUGCUUAUUUGUUUUGAUUGUUA